AUGGCGAAUGGAGGUUUCCCUUUUCAAAUGCCGAUGCUCACAAAGAACAACUAUGACAAUUGGAGUAUCAAGAUGAAGGCGCUACUAGGAGCUCAAGAUGUGUGGGAUAUCGUUGAGAAAGGAUUCAAUGAGCAAGAUGAAGCCUCGCUAAGCCAAGGUGUAAAGGAGACAUUGAGGGAGUCAAGAAAGAGAGACAAGAAAGCUCUCUUCCUCAUUUAUCAAUCGGUGGAUGAAGCUACAUUUGAGAAGAUAUCCAACGUAAUGAAGGCCAAAGAAGCAUGGGACAAACUUCAAACUUGCAACAAAGGAGUGGAACAGGUGAAAAAAAAUCGUCUUCAAACUCUUAGAGGUGAUUUUGAACGUUUAUUUAUGGAAGAGUCCGAGUCAGUUUCUGAUUACUUUUCUCGAGUAUUGGUCGUAGUCAAUCAACUUAAAAGAAAUGGCGAAGAUAUUGAUGAGGUGAAAGUCAUGGAGAAAAUACUUUGCACUUUAAAUCCAAGUUUUGACUUCAUUGUUACCAACAUUGAAGAAAAUAGGGAUUUAAAGACCAUGACUAUUGAGAAACUCAUGGGUUCCUUACAAGCAUACGAAGAAAAACAAAAGAGAAAAAUUAAACAAAAGGAGGCUAUGGAUCAACUACUAUAA